GUUAGCACAAGGCAAAAAAUACAGAUAUAUAAUUCUUAGUCACUAGAGGGCUUACGGGCUCUUCUUAAGCCAUGCAAUCUGCAGAAGAGCUGUACAACAAAAAAAUAAAGUUUGUUAAUGUGAAAAUAGGAGCACCAGCUGCCAUUACACAGGAAAAGAUUGAUGUAGGUGGAAAACCCAAUGCCACACAUGACAUGCCUAAAGUUGGUAUGCGUGAUAGCAUAUCAGACUGGCCCCCCAAAAAGGAGAGCUGGCAGAGUCACAGCAAAUCAAAUUGUGAGCCUGUUGCUGCAACCUUUGACAAUGGAAUGUCAGACCAAGGCACAGAAAUUACUUCAGUGGGUGAAGAACCCUUUAAAAAUCACUCAAAUUCAAAAUAUUCAUUAAGUGAAGUUUUAAGUCAACCUCCUUUAAAGGGUAUUAAUCUUAUUAGACAGCGUAGUAACAGUGAUGUGACCAUCAGUGAUAUAGAUGCUGAGGACAUUUUGUACCAGAAUGCUGUCAACCCAAACACUGGUGCCUCAUUGCAUCGAGAAUAUGGUAGCGCAUCAUCUAUUGAUCAACAGAUUAUAAGUGAGGGUGGAAUUUUUACACUGUUGAAGGAGUACAGAGUAGAUCCUCUGGCAAAUCAAAAUAUGCAUCCAGUUGGUUUUCCUGAGCUUCUACAUUGUAAAAAUGUUCUUUCACCUAGCUUGCAAACAGCUGCUCAGAUAGCACGAGGAGAGAUUGUUUGCUUUUCGGGUUACGACUAUGUGGACAAUUCUUUUAUUUACAGUACCGAGCGAGAGAAGGGCUAUUAUUACCUCAAGUCAAACUCAUCUGAAACAUCUUUGUUUCAAAGGCUGAGGACUAUUAAGAAUGAAUAUGUUGGUCUCCGGCUAUCAACAGAGCAUGAUGACCGUCGGCCGCACAGCGUCCCUAUGUGUUUUGCUCACUAUGAUGUCCAAAGUAUACUCUUUAAUGUUAAUGAGGCAGUGGCAAAUCAAGACAAUUUUUGUCAAAGGAAAAACACUACUACUGGUGCUUCAGCUGCCUCACAGUACAAAGUUCCAGGAGGUAUUACAUUAUGUGGAAAUAAUAGUGGCCCUGCACCAACAUUUGACUCUAUCCUUGGCAACCAUGAAGACUUAAACCUUAAACAGAACCUGGAAUUAGAUGAGGGUGAUGGAAAGAGCAAUGAGCUAGUGCUAAGUUGCCCACAUUUUCGGAAUGAGAUUGGUGGUGAGGGUGAAAGGAGGCUCUCUCUGUCCAGGACCAGUGGUGCUUACUGUUAUAGUGUGGGAGAAAAUUCUUUUGAGUCCUCAUUAAGCUCUCACUGCACCAAAGCUGGUGUUUCAGUGCUUGAGGUCCCACGGGAAAACCAGCCAGUCCAUCGUGAAAAAGUGAAGAGAUACAUCAUUGAACACAUUGACUUGGGAGCUUAUUAUUACCAUAAAUAUUUUUAUGCAAAAGAUCACCAGAACUACUUUGGUAUAGAUGAGAACCUUGGCCCAGUGGCCAUCAGUGUGCGGCGUGAAAAGCUAGAAGAUUGUAAGGAGAAGGAAAGGUCAUCAUAUAAUUAUCGUAUUGUCCUCAGAACCAGCCAGCUGACUACACUUAGAGGGGCAGUUUUGGAGGACGCAGUGCCCUCCACAGCAAGACAUGGCACAGCACGUGGCCUCCCACUCAAGGAGGUGCUGGAGUAUUUGGUUCCUGAGCUCAGCAUCCAGUGCCUUCGACUGGCCCUUAACUCCCCCAAAGUCCCUGAACAUCUUCUCAAAUUAGAUGAGCAGGGCCUAAGUUUUCAGCAAAAGGUGGGCGUGUUGUACUGUAAAUCAGAUCAGAGUACAGAAGAAGAGAUGUACAAUAAUGAGAGUGCAGGGCCUGCACUGGAUGAAUUCUUGGACCUACUGGGACAAAGAGUGCGACUAAAGGGCUUUACCAAGUACAGAGCACAGCUGGAUACUAAGACGGACUCAACAGGAACUCACUCCCUUUACACAACCUACAAAGACUAUGAGUUAAUGUUUCAUGUGUCUACUCUCCUACCUUACACUCCAAACAACAUACAACAGCUACUAAGAAAGAGACACAUUGGAAAUGAUAUUGUCACUGUUGUGUUUCAAGAACCAGGAUCCCUGCCUUUCACACCUAAAAAUAUUCGUUCCCACUUUCAGCAUGUUUUUAUCAUUGUUAAAGUCCAGAAUCCAUGCACUGAAAACGUCUGCUACAGUGUGGCUGUAUCAAGAUCUAAAGACGUGCCUCCAUUUGGCCCUCCCAUUCCUAAAGGUGUGACUUUCCCAAAGUCAUCUGUAGUCAGGGACUUUCUGCUUGCCAAGGUCAUAAAUGGUGAGAAUGCUGCUCACAAGUCAGAAAAGUUUCGUGCCAUGGCAACUCGAACACGUCAAGAGUACCUUAAAGACUUAGCUGAGAACUUUGUGAGCGCAGGUACUGUGGAUUCUACUUUAAAGUUUAGUUUCAUCACUCUGGGAGCCAAGAAAAAAGAGCGACUUAAACCGCGUAAGAAUGCACACAUACACAGCGUUGGCGCCAUCGUGUGGAGUGUGGUGGCAUGGGACUUUGGCCAGUCAUUAGAUGUUCAGGGCUUGCUUGCCAUUUCCAACGAGUUUAUUGUACUAAUCGAGUCAGCGUCCAAAAAUGUUGUUUUUAACUGCUCCUGUCGGGAUGUGAUUGGCUGGACUUCCACAACCAAGAGCAUUAAAAUCUUCUACGAGCGUGGUGAAUGUGUGAUGUUCUCAGCCCAGGACGGCUGUAGGGAGGACAUCAUGGAAAUCAUUCAGCGGCUUGAGGUCACCACCCGGGGCUGUAAGACCACAGAGAUGACAUUACUCCGAAAUGGUCUGGGACAGCUGGGGUUUCAUGUAAACUUUGAAGGCAUAGUGGCUGAUGUCGAGGCUUUUGGUUUUGCAUGGAAAGCAGGCCUACGCCAGGGUAGCCGACUGGUGGAGAUUUGCAAUGUGGCUGUGGCAACACUUACCCAUGAGCAAAUGAUUGAACUGCUGCGCACUUCUGUCACAGUCAAGGUGGUGAUCAUUCAGCCUCAUGAGGAUGGUGCUCCGAGAAGGGGUUGUUCUGAGCUGUACCGCAUCCCCAUGGUGGAAUACAAACUAAAUAGUGAAGGCAUACCCUGCGAGUACAAGACCCCAUUUAGGAGCAACACAACUUGGUACCGGGUGCCCAUUACCCCAUUGGUUCAGCCUCUGCCUCGAAGCUCAUCCACUCAGGGCACCAAACAAUUGCAAUCUCGACCAAGACUUCAACACAGCCAGAAAUCCACGCAAUACUGCACUUCAUUUGACAACAAACUGCCAGACAUCUCCAGAACACAUGAUUUGAAAAACCCACAGAUGUCCUGUAAUAAAUCAGAGACCAGUCAUCACUACCGUAGCUCACCCAGUAACCAGUCGUCAUCCAGUAACCAGUCGUCAUCCAGUGACCCAGGCACAUGCAGUAGACCAAUCUGGAGCCAGCAGCAAAGCUGUCAUGGGUGUCAUUCACCCACACAGCAUGAGCAACCCUCUAAUUUUCCUCUCCAGGCAAUGGGAGACUUUGAUUGCUUAAGUGAGAGGGAGCCAGUGCCAGACAAAGCAUCCUCUGCAGAAGUGAAGUGGUACCUCCCCUCAAAAAAGAUGCUUGAUUCUUCUAGAGAGAAAGGCAUAGAGUUACCUUCCAAACUGUGUGAGGAUGGAGAUAAAAACUCCAGUUGCUCAAGCAGCAAUACUUUGUCCAGCAGCACUUUUAGCAGUAAUGGUGAUGCCAAAAACCUUGGUUUUGGUGACUUGAUGGACCUAGAUGUACUGGAUCUCACAUAUAUUAAAGGAGUUUCUACAGACAGUGGCACUGACACAACACUCUGCUGUGUGCCUUCUGCAUCAAUGGGGGUGCCUGUUGUUGCCGAGGCACAGAUGGUACUACAAGGCUGGAAGGCAGUUGAUCAUGGGCGGGCCUGGACCCAGGAGUAUCUACAAAACAGAGACAAAGAUAAAAACUGCAGAAAACUGUACAUGCCUCAGGGUUGCACUACGACCAGAAACAAUGUCAUGGACAGCUGCAUAAGAAGCCAGAGCAAGAACUUGUCUCACUUAAGAGUCAAAUGUGAUUUUCUGAGACACAUGUGGAACAGGAAGGGCACAUCUGAGCUUGAAACAAUCCAGGCUAUUAGAAGCAUUGAAGGAAUAUCUCAGCUUUUUGAAGCAGGGCUAACGCGACUGGUUGAGUCUACGGGGUUGUUAACACCCCUCGGUUUUGCUGCCGUAAUUGACACGCCCCCGUUGGCAGUAUCGCGGGACACUGCAUGCGGUAACCACGGACACACGUCAGACAAUUUUAACCCCUGUUCGACUAGCAGCCCUGAGGGGUCACAGAGGUUCCAAAACCCGCAACGGCUCGACGGUGAAUCGACUCUGCGUGGAAAACGCGUUUGUUCCGGUAUCGUCGAUGUGCAUGAACAAAAUCCAAACAGAAAACGUCUUAGAUGGCUAGACGGUUGCGAACGAGAUGAUUUGAACGACGAACCACUGCUGGUGCAAGCCCCCCGCGUUGACACAGACCAGAACAACUUUGAAUGGACUGAUGGACUGUUGAAAACGUGGAACGAUAAUAGUUUUACGGACUUUGAUUCUACGGUCGUACGGAGUUUGCAUCCAGAUGUGCAGCACGGAGUAAGAGACCCCGCCGAGGAUGAUUUAAAGCCUAACCAAAACCACGAGAGGCUACACCAGGUUAGCGCCGUUAAUUCUACAAAGUUUAAGGAGUUGAGUCUGGUACAGAAUGUUUCUAAAAUAGCCAUCGAGCAACGUAGACAAGCCGCGCUAAAACGGAAAAUAAAGAGUAAGGGCAAUAACCAGCCGGACAUGUUAAAAGAGGAGUAUUUGAAGUUAAGGCUACCUGUCAGCCCACCCCAAUACCAGGGCCACAGGAAGUCCACUAUUAGCUCCUUGGUCUUGCUGACGAAGAAGGAGAUUGUUAUCCUGGCACCAGUCCUCCAGGUGUUUUAUCUCCCAGAUGUCCUGAAGCGUUGGCAGACUAGAGUUCUGAGGGACUGUGCAUAUCAACUGUCUGAGGUCCUGACGGAUAUAUUUAACAUCUCACCGCCCCAGGCCAGAGUUUCAGUAUGUUUCAAGACAUCCACGAUUAUCCCUGUACCAAAGUCCUCUUUAGCAACGUGUCUCAACGAUUACCGACCUAUUGCACUCACUCCUGUCACCAUGAAGUGCUUCGAGAAGUUGGUGAUGAGGCACCUGAAACAGACCAUCAACGUAGCAGAUUCUGCAUUUAAUACCAUCAUCCCGCAGAAACUGGUGUCCAAGCUGAAAUCACUGGGAACCUCUUCUUCCCUGUGUAACUGGGUCCUGGAUUUCCUGACCUGCAGGCCUCAAAAUGUCAGGAUAAACAACAUCACAUCCUUCACCAUCAUCCUGAACACUGGCUCCCCCCAGGGUUGUGUGCUCAGCCCACUACUGUACACACUGAUGACCUACGACUGCAGAGCUCACUACAAGAACAACCUCAUGGUCAAGUUCGCGGAUGACACAGUGGUGAAGACCAAGGAGAUGGUUGUGGAUUUCCGCAGGACUGGUACAACCCCUCCUCCUCUACUCAUUGAUGGAGUAGCUGUGGAGAUGGUCCCCUCCAUCAAGUACCUCGGGGUACACCUGACUGACAUGCUCACCUGGCGUACCAACACCACGGCUGUCAUAAAGAAGGCCAACCAACGCCUUUAUUUCCUGAGGAAGCUGAGGAGGGCAGAUGACAUCUGGUUCUCUGACAGCUCCCUGUCAGAGAGGUUAAUGUUUAGUGAUCCAGGGCUCAUGCCUCUACCAGACACUGCCACAGGCUUGGAAUGGUUCCACCUUGUCAGUGCUGCGCAAGCCUUUGAAGCGCGUAACAGUGAAAUAAUGGCAACCAAUGCAGAGAGUAGUACCGGAGUUAGCACUGAGGAUGAACUAGUCCCUAAAAGGGGAGCUACAUCACUAGUGUGGAAGGUUUUCGAAUACAGAAGCUCGUCUGCCACUUUGACUGGCAAAGUCAACCAACUAGAUAUCCUCCUUAGGCAGCUCCAGCAUGACUUAAGAAAGGAGAAAGAGGAUAAAGUCAUCCUGCAGGUGGAGGUGCAACAUCUUCGAGAAGACAAUAUCCGUCUACACGAGGAAAGUCAAACUGCUGCAGCCCAGCUUAGGAAAUUUACUGAAUGGCUUUUAAAUAAAACUGACAAAAAAUCUUAA